AUGACAGUUUCAAUAAUCCCGUUUGCGCUGCCAACACGACGCAAUAGUGUUGCAACAAAGGCAAUUGACAUGUACAUACGGAGAAGUAAGUAUCAUCCCUGGGGGUCAAUUGGACACCGAAAAGGCCUUUACUGGGACAGAUGGACUGGCAAACAAGAGGGUUGCCGAGGCACUUCCACGAUCCCAAAAGGGCAAUACCGCCGGAAUUCGAUGCAAGGGGAGGGAAGGAAAAAAUCACACCUUUUUGGCUAAAGUGUAA